UUAGUUUGGAUUUGGAGAAGCCACAAUACGGAUUUCGGAUAUAUAAAUUGUUGAUUUCAUUUAUGUUUUUGGAUAAAACCUUUAUUAUGUUUAUACUGGGUUUAUAUUAAAUAUACGCUGGAUACUGUUAUUAUAACGUCAAUUGUUGAUACUUCGAACUUUUAUUGAGUAAUACAAAAUUGUAAUUCCAAUUAUGUGUCUUUUUGACCUAAAGCUGUUAGCUAUUCACCAUACCGUCUGUGAUAGCAGGGUCGUCCUAUUAUAAAAUUACCAGAAAAUAUACCAAUCAUACCAAUGGCAGCAUUCCACCUCAAGAGGGGCUUGUUAUAAAACAAUGAGUACCAAUACUUUUCCCGUCAGACACGGAGACUAAAUAAAUGUUUUAGUACACACAUACAGAUGCAAAUUGAUGAAGUCAAAUCCAAAACUCGUGUUGUUGUGGAGAAAAUGACCCGUAGAUGACCCAUGCUUGGCAUUUACCCUAUGCUUUGCUUUUUUCGUCAGGCAGUCUAACGUCAGCUACCCAUUCAUCCGGUCUACAAGCAUCACUUUACAGUGCAGUCAAAAUAAUCUUUUCCACCAACAUCGGACCAUAGUGCAUGUCAAUGUGCAUUGAUGAAACAUUCAACAAUAACAUAAUCGUCCGAAUCCGAAUACAAUCACGUGAAAAGUCCUCAGUGCACAUCUUAAAUCAAUUUGUAGUCUUUACUGUAAGAUACUAUUGACGAACGUAAUCCGUAUCGAUAAAUUGUUGUUUUGUUGAUGAACUUGCUAUGUACAUAUUAUUACCUAUGAUAAGGUUUCAACAGCUGAUGAAAUAAAAUGCACAGGAAGUGGCGAAGAAUAAUUCUAUAUUUAGUGAUAACAACAAUAGUUUUAGUAGUUGGUUCAUAUUGUUAUGAAGUUUAUUUAACUGAGAAAGCAUUAAACGACGUCUGCAUGAAUGAAAAUGGCUGUACAGCAAGACGAACUAAAGAUAGGGCAAAUAGGGAAAAUUUAGACAUUUUAGCCAAACAAAGUGUUGCUGAAAGUAAUACACAUUUGAAUUACGAGUCUGUACAUUAUAGUGAGCAAACUUUGGAUUGGAAUAAUGAAAGACAACCAUUGAUGUCGGUUGAUGAUCUUGAAGGAAACGAAGAGUUCGAACAACUUGAUUCCAAAACUUCUACCACAUUAAAACAUCAAACUUCUAAAGAAGAUUCAUACCAAUACGAAGAUCAAACUGUUUCUACUUAUCCUCUACUUAGAAUAUCAAAACUUUCGUCAGAAACACCAGUUCAUGGAAUAGAAAAGCUGAAUCAAAUGGCAACAGAUCUUACACGUGAUAAUGUAAAAAUUACGAAUAUCGGAAAACAAAUUCCUGCUAUACCAAAGUUACUAUGGUGGGACUUUUAUUCACAUGGCGCAGGAAAAGAUGACUUCAUAACCUGUAAACAAGGUGUUAAAUGUCAUGUAGUAUCAAAUCGAAGUUUGACUGAUCACCCAGAUACAAUGGCAAUCAUUUAUUAUGGAACACAUUUCUAUUUCAUGGAUCUACCAAAACAUCGACGACAGGAAAUAACGUGGGCUGUUAUUCAUGAAGAAUCUCCGAAAAAUGCCGAUUUUCUUUUCAAUCAUGAAGAGAUACUAUCUCUUUUUAAUUACACUGCUACCUUCAAACGUGAAUCCGACUAUCCAAUCACUACUCAUUUCUUACCAAGCAUUUCCUACCUACAGAGCAAACAAUAUCUUGUGUCAACACAAGAUAAAAAUAGAUAUCAAACUGAAGAAAAUUUAGCACCAAUAUUUUAUAUUCAUAGUGAUUGUAAUGUACCAUCCAACAGAGAUGUAUACGUGGAGUUACUACAGAAAUUUAUACGAGUAGACUCGUAUGGUAAAUGUAACAAUAAUAAAGCUUUGCCAGAGAGUUUAUCAUUCGGUAAAAGCAUGGCCCCAAUGACUUCCAAAGAAUUUUACGAACUUGGAGCCAAAUACAAGUUUACUUUAGCAAUGGAGAAUGCAGUAUGUGAUGAUUAUAUAACAGAAAAGUUAUGGCGACCAUUUCAUUUAGGAUCGGUUCCUAUAGUGUUUGGAUCUCCAAAAAUUAAAGAUUAUUUACCAAACAAGAAAUCUGCAGUUGUCAUAAAUGAUUUUGAUGAUGUGGAAAAGCUUGCAGCCUUUAUUAAAUAUUUAGAUAGAAACGAUACUGCAUACGAGGAAUAUUUACAGUAUAAAGAACCCAGAGGAUUGACGAAUACUUUUCUGAUUGAUUCAAUAAACAAAAGAGAAUGGUCGAAAUACCAUGAUAAGACAAAACCAUUUUAUUCGCUUUUUUCUGGGUUUGAAUGCUACAUAUGUGAGGAGAUGCACAAAAAUAUCGAUAUCAUUAAAUCAGGAAAAGAGCUUCCGGUAAAAAUAGCCAAACUUGACCAUUAUGGAUGUCCACCACCAAAGAGAUUUAGUGAUACAGGUCAAUACACUGUAAUUGAUCCAAGAUUUUCAUAUUAUUGGUAUGAAGGAAAGUAUAGAGCAAAAGCUUUCCGCUAUUUUUAUGAUAAAAAAAUGAAUUUUACAGAAAAAGAUAUUGCAACUCUUGCUAAAUCGUUCCGUCAAGAAUAUAUGGACGAUGGUUAGACUGAAUUUACCAUCGCAUAUUGGAAUGUGUGAUUCUCUGAAUCUGACCAGCUGAAAAAGAAGUCAGUGUGUGCAAUGAGCUCAGAUCUUAAAAUAUACAACAAAAUGAUGAAUUAUGUUUGAAAGCUAAUAAAAAAGAAAAAAGAAAAGAAAAUAUCUUUAAUAUCACUAGAAAAAUAGUAAUUUACUUUGAAUAGAAAUACAUCAUUAUUUUUUUCCUUGAACUUUUUUCACAAUGGUUCAUAUUCUCUUAUAGUUGCAGACUUUCUGAGGGUUUGUUGUGUCAUUGUUG